AUGUCCGGAAUCAUGCGAAGUUGGGGCCGUAUAAACUCACUCGGACGACUGAAAUGGCGAUGCAACAAUUUUCGUAUUCAUACUCGAAACAUCAGGUCUUGUCACGGCCAGAGUGGCUUUAAUGGACGCACAAGUGGACUGCCGCCAGUCAAAAUAAGAUCUACUCUUUGGCGUUAUUUUAAUGCGCCAGGAAACGUUAUGUUUGUGACCACAAAUGUCGUUACAUUGGUCGGAAUCAUGUCGUAUUCGACAUUGCAGGCAGUGGCCCGCGAAAAAGCUCUUCAAGACUUUAUGGAACAAAGCGAACUAGCAGCGGAAGUGGAGCCGGAAGAAGCGUGUUUGAGAUUUCAGCAGGAUAGUCCAAUGCCAAAUUACGAAGCCGGUAAAAUAAUGCUGCAAAAAAGUAAUCCUCCAAUGACAUGUCAUACGCAGCACGUAAAGAUGUCGCUGUUUCAUUUGCUUUACAGUUAUUUCAUCUACUGUGAUGUUUCCACGAAUGAGCGUCCUAGCGGCUCAACUCGAUACAAUUCAGAGGUGCAAGAGCUGCGACGAGGGCAAAUAAUGAAAAACCGAAAGCUUCCUAAAGCUUCCCCACGCAGCUUCUACGAAGCUUGGAGUCACGAAUUCAGGGAUGAGCUGAGCAAUCUGAACCGCUCACAACAAUUACACAUGCCCAAUUGGACUGAGUUUCCACCGAGCCUUCGAAUUCUGUGCCGAACGCUAUACGAUACAGACAUGAAGACGAUGAUUGACUUCAAGAAGUUUUACCGCAGCAUUAACUCGAAAAAUAUUCGCGCCAUACUCCGCUCCUGGCUGUACGAUAAUUCGCACCUUUUGCAAGUUGGCACAGAUGUAGGCUCUGAAGCAUUUUAUCGAGAUUUGAUUAGAGCUUGUCGCAAGGAUAACUCACUUUUCAAGCUGUACUCCUCCAUCCUCUUGAACUCAAAUAAUCCAAGACGUCAUGCGUUCUUUGAGAGACAUGAUCAACGCUCUUUCACGGUUUCGCUUGAGACUGUCCUAGAGGUAAUGAAAGGCAAUUUGCACGCAGGCACCGAUGCGCAUUGCUACGACUCUAGUUUGCAGCUUAUAUCUAUGAUUCGAACUAAUUGCAUAGCAACGCGAGGAGCCGGGGGCACGAGAGAGGUACACAUCAUAUUGCCGGAUGAAAACUCCUCUAGUGACACAUCUGGAAAAAUGUCGAGCCAGGAAAGAAAUGAAUGUUUCAAGCUGGUGAGUCAAAACCCAGAAUUGAUGGCUAUUCUUGGUACCAUUUCUAAGCUUCCUGGCUGA